AUGACUUCCUCAGGGAACGAUGUCUUUGUCGGUGCCAUUGACCAAGGCACCACCAGCACCCGUUUCCUCAUUUUCAACACCAAUGGAGAAGUUGUCGCCCUCCACCAGAUUGAAUUCAAGCAAAUCUACCCCCAGCCUGGUUGGCACGAACAUGACCCCGAAGAGCUCGUAACCUCCGUCGAGCAGUGCAUCGACGGUGCCGUCGCUGCCUUUGAGGAGCAGGGCCACUCCCGCAGCCAGAUCGCCGCCGUCGGCAUCACCAACCAGCGCGAGACCACCAUCGUGUGGGACAAGAACACUGGUAAAGCUCUUCACAACGGCAUUGUUUGGACCGAUACCCGCUCUCAGGAGCUCGUCCGCCGCCUCAAGCACCGCCUCGGCUCCAAGGAGCUGACCGGCCGCUGCGGCCUGCCGCUCUCCACCUACUCCUCCGUCGGCAAGCUGCUUUGGCUGCUCGAGAACGUCGACGCGGUCAAGGAGGCGUACGAGGCUGGAAACCUUGCGUUCGGUACCGUCGACGCAUGGCUUGCCUACAAGCUCAACGGCGGGCCUGACAAGAACGUUCACGUCUCGGACCCUUCCAACGCCUCCCGCACCAUGUUCAUGAACCUCGAGAGCCUUGACUACGACGCCGAGCUCCUCGACUGGUUCCGAAUCGACCGCAACAAGGUCCAGCUGCCCAAGAUUGUCCGCUCCUCCGACCCCGAGGCCUUUGGCGCCCUCGCCAACACCGCCCUCAAGGGCACCAAGAUCACCGGCUGCCUCGGCGACCAGUCCGCGGCGCUCGUCGGCCAGAAGGGUUUCACGCCUGGCCUGGCCAAGAACACCUACGGCACUGGCUGCUUCCUCCUCUACAACGUCGGCCCCAAGCCUAUUCUUUCCACCCACGGUCUGCUGUCCACCGUCGCUUUCGACUUUGGCCCUGGCAAGACCAUGUACGCUCUGGAGGGUAGCAUUGCUGUCGCUGGGUCCAGCAUCAAGUUCCUCGUCGAUAACCUUGGCUUUAUUGAUUCGUCCUCCAAGCUGAGUGCCCUCGCCGAGACUGUUGAGGACAAUGGAGGCUGCACUUUCGUCACCGCCUUUAGCGGCCUGUUCGCGCCCUACUGGAUUGAUGAUGCCCGUGGCACUAUCUUCGGUAUCACCGCCUACACGAAGCGCGGCCACAUUGCGCGCGCUACCCUCGAGGCUACUUGCUUCCAGACCAAGGCCAUCCUCGACUCGAUGGAGAAGGAUAGCGGCCAGGCUCUAACUGAGCUCGCGGUCGAUGGUGGCAUGUGCAACUCGGACCUUAUCAUGCAGACGCAAUCCGACUUCAUUGGUAUCCCUGUAAACCGCCCCGCCAUGCGGGAGACGACUGCCCUCGGCGCUGCCAUCGCGGCCGGCCUCGCUGUCGGUAUCUGGAACAGCCUUGAUGACCUGAAGAAUGUCAACACUGAAGGCAGCACGACCUUUAAGCCCCAGAUCACCACCCAGGAUGCCAGCAGCCGUUUCUCUCGCUGGGAGAAGGCUGUCGAGAUGAGCAAGGGCUGGGCCAACUAG